AUGGCUGGACAUAUCGAUAGUAGCUUUUUGCCCCCAACCUCUCACGCUUUCUACACUUCCUACUACAUGGGUAACACAGUUUCAAAAACUAAAGACGAAAUGUUUCAAAUAGAGCGUCAACCAGUGCCUGUGCUGGACGUUCCGCCGUUGCCUGUGAGCCGCCAACCGCAGGCUGUCAAGCCGACACAACCGCAGCCUACACAGCAGCCAGCACCGGAGCCAGCACCGAGAAAUGAAGACCGUCCUCUACUGGUGGUGAAACGACAAAGCUCUCCUAGCUCCCGACCAAGGGCAGUUACACAGCCCGUUAGCGACGCCAAAACAGAAGAGCCUGCACCAGCUCAGGCUAUUGCAAACAAUUGGAGAAGAUCGAUUGAUCCCUACAUGAAACGGGUUGUGUCCUGUCCACAAACAUCUCCAGUCAUUGAUUUUGAUGCUAUUCCUAUUCUCCAGCCCGACUGCGAGAGCGAUUCAGAUGCGCACUCGAGUCCCGCAAGCGUCGGUAACGCAAGGCAUUUCGAAAACCAAGCACUUUUUGUCCACAUUCAGCACAGCUCGCCACGACUUUCUUAUUAUGGAUCUGUAUAUGACCACCACGAGGAGGACUUUGAUUUCUUGCCUGCUCAGCCUAUUGCGCCUGCUCGGUCUGCUCAGCCCGCUCAGCCUGCUCGCACCUUUCAAGCAAAGCUUAUCGAAGUACCUCCACAGCCCCCCAAGCAUGCUAGACCGCCCCUCACCAGAAGAGCCACAUCGCCGGUAUCAAUUGUGUCUAGAACACCUUCGUCUGUGUACUCGUCGCUGUCCAUGAGGUCCGGGCGGUCUCAGAUCAGCACGCGGUCAGAGCCAACACGUAAAGACUCACUUGAUGCAGGCAUCCCUCCGCGAGUCCCUCCGCACACGGUAUUCAAUGGCCGCCCCAGCUCAGUGAUAAUUCAGCCCAAACGACCAAGAUCGAAAAGCGAAGCAAGCGCUUUACCAUUCGAAGUAUAUACCCGGAAAUGUCAGCUCACUUCGCCUGAGACGUCGCCGUCUCUGGCUAGUCGUUUAGCACCUCAAAAGUCGUUUUCAACGCAAGGAUCAUAUUCACCGGACUCGUCCACGAGCUCUGACCACCGGUUCGCGCUUGAUGGGUACAACGAGAAGGCCCCGCUAAAAGUGGUCAAUGCCGAUCCGGCCGUCCCCAAGAAGUUCUACAUAAAGUCAAAAGCCUUGAUUGCUCUGGAGCAAGAGCGGCUUCAGGAACAAUUUUAUGCUAGUCAACUCUAA